UAACGUUAUAAAUACCGGCACCUUUCGUUGGGCGCUGCAGACAUUUUCCUAACUUCAGAGGGAGCGAGAGUGAGAAAUAGACAUUUACAAAGACUAAAACACGUAACUAUUGAAAAUGCAGAUCUUUGUGAAAACACUUACUGGCAAGACAAUCACCCUGGAGGUUGAGCCCAGUGACACCAUUGAGAAUGUCAAGGCCAAGAUCCAAGACAAGGAAGGCAUCCCUCCAGACCAGCAGAGGCUGAUCUUCGCUGGCAAGCAGCUUGAAGAUGGUCGCACGCUGUCAGACUACAAUAUCCAGAAGGAGUCCACCCUGCACUUGGUGCUGCGUCUGAGGGGAGGUAUGCAGAUCUUUGUGAAGACCUUGACUGGCAAGACCAUCACUCUGGAGGUUGAGCCCAGUGACACCAUUGAGAAUGUCAAGGCCAAGAUCCAAGACAAGGAAGGCAUCCCUCCAGACCAGCAGAGGCUGAUCUUCGCUGGCAAGCAGCUUGAAGAUGGUCGCACGCUGUCAGACUACAAUAUCCAGAAGGAGUCCACCCUGCACUUGGUCCUGCGUCUGAGGGGAGGUAUGCAGAUCUUUGUGAAGACCUUGACUGGCAAGACCAUCACUCUGGAGGUUGAACCUGCUGACACCAUUGAGAACGUGAAGGCCAAGAUCCAGGAUAAGGAAGGCAUCCCUCCAGACCAGCAGAGGCUUAUCUUUGCUGGCAAGCAGCUUGAAGAUGGUCGCACCCUGUCCGACUACAAUAUCCAGAAGGAAUCCACCCUGCACUUGGUCCUGCGUCUGAGGGGAGGUAUGCAGAUCUUUGUGAAGACCUUGACUGGCAAGACCAUCACUCUGGAGGUUGAGCCCAGUGACACCAUUGAGAAUGUGAAGGCCAAGAUCCAAGACAAGGAAGGCAUCCCUCCAGACCAGCAGAGGCUGAUCUUUGCUGGCAAGCAGCUCGAAGAUGGUCGUACCCUCUCCGACUACAACAUCCAGAAGGAAUCCACCCUGCACUUGGUGCUGCGUCUGAGGGGAGGACAGUAAAUCCAGCUUAACCGUUGCACUUAAAGGAAAAGGCUGCAGCAUGAUUCUGUGUUUCUUUUCAAUUCCUUUGUAACACAUUUUGUUUAAUUUUCUGCUUCAUUAAAGCUCAAGCAUUCCUGAAA